GUUUGGUAUAGACAUGUGUGAUCUGGUGAAAACGAUUUUAACAAAAUAAUUUGCUGUGUGCAAAACACUAUAACUGGAAAAUUAGACACUUCAUUACAAGAAGAAGUCGGUAAGACAAUGGAUGUGGAUAUAGAUUUAGAAGAAUACUCGGAUCGUAUCAGUGACUUUCUUCGUUCAAACUUGCGAGAAAUAAAAUCCCAGAAUGCCAAUUUGGAAACCUCCUUAAAACAUCGCAAAGAGAUAUCUUCCCACCUUCGAGAACAAAUCGCCCAAAGUACAACCAACGAUACGAUUUCCCUGGGGGAUAUUUGGAAGAAGAUCGUCAACGGCAAGUACGUGCUGGGCGUGGAAAUGAAGAACGACAGCGCAAAUGUUUUGGACAACUUCACGGUAACGCUCGUCUGGGAUUCUUCGUCAUCUCUUACUUACCAGUUCUAUUUCCUUUCCAACGCGUCCACAGAUUUCUUAAAACCUACUUCCCAAAUCACUCAUUCCGGUCAAAUUAUAUUAAUCCUUGACCUUCCCCUUUUCGUCGAGCAGCUGUUUUACACAAUUUCGGGAUCUAUCGCUUUUCGGCUGAAUGACAAAAAAAUUAAUCUAAAAUUCCCAGCACAUAUUCAGUUGAGACCGCAGGACGUCACAGACAAUGUUGUUGUAGUUCAUUUGUAUAAAGUAAUCGACGGUACUAUUAAUGACAUCCACGCACUAGCCUUUAGCAGCCAAAAACAAGAGUUUGUUGUGGUAAUUCAAGAAAGAUUGGGUCGUUCCUUGGAGGAUAUAUUCGAAGCCGAAUGCGCCUUACGCCAAAUUAACUUAGAAACCCCAAAAAAAUAUUUUUUGGUGUAUAAAAUUAGUCCAGUACUUGAUGGUGUAUUGAUCGAAGUUGAGGAGAGCUUGGGACGUGAGAUGGUACUUAACACCUACUGCAAGAACUCUGAGGUAACGGUCGCACUUCUUCAUUACCUACAUACCCAUAUUAUCGGAGCAGUUAUCAUUCCAAAGUCACCGUAUCAACCAGAUUUAGGUCUCGAAGAGCUUACCCAACUCGCUCGAGAUUCAUUAUCGAAUGAAAUCGAGAAGUUGAAGGAGUACAGAAGCGAUUUAAGACAGUUGAGGAAGCAAAUAGCAAGUUCGGAGCACCAAACUGACCUUCUAAUGGUUUGCAUCAAUGAAAAACUUUCUAGUUAACACGAAUAUAUUACUAUAUUGAUAACAAAA